UGGGACAAGGAGUUCGAGUGCAACAACAGCCUCACGGGCUUCCGCUACUGCUGCGGCACCUGCUUCUACCGCUUCUGCUGCAACAAGCGCGCCGAGAAGCUCAACCAGAGCUUGUGCCGCAACUACAAGAGCCCCGAGUGGGCCCACCCCACCACGGCCAGCGGAGCCCUGCCCGCCGACGGCGGCGACGGCGGCGACGGGGACGCCAACAAGUACGACCCGGACAAGGACAGCACCAACGCCACCGUCUACAUCUCGUGCGGGGCCAUCGCCUUCGUGCUCAUCGCCGGCGUCUUUGCCAAGGUGGCCUACGACAAGGCACGGCGCCCGCCCCGGGAGAUGAACAUACACAGGGCUCUGGCUGACAUCUUAAGGCAGCAGGGACCAAUCCCAAUAGGACACUGUGAAAGAGAGACUAUCUCAGCCAUAGAUACCUCUCCCAAAGAGAACACCCCAGUCAGGACCUCUUCCAAAAACCAUUACACCCCAGUGCGCACCUCCAAGAGCAACCCAGGUCACUAUGGAAAAGAUAUUUACCGAAGUGGAGGCCCAGAUCUCCAUAAUUUCAUCUCCUCCGGGUUUGUCACAUUAGGAAGAGGACACACGAAGGAUGACCAAGAACAAAAUUAUAAUCACCUGAUACUAGACAGUGCCACCCAGACACCUACACAUGACAAGCCACGAAUGAACAACAUCCUCACUUCUGCCACCGAACCCUACGACCUGUCCUUCUCCAGGUCCUUCCAGAACCUCUCUCACCUCCCACCAUCCUAUGAAUCUGCUGUCAAGACGAACCCGAGUAAAUAUUCUUCUCUGAAGAGACUAACUGACAAGGAGGCUGACGAGUACUACAUGAGGAGGAGGCACCUGCCCGACCUGGCGGCGCGGGGGACGCUCCCCAUCAACGUCAUCAAGAUGUCCCAACAGACCAACCACCGGGACAGGCCCCGCCGCCCCAUCCGGGCCAUGUCCCAGGACAGGGUGCUGUCCCCUGAGAGGAUCAUGCCCGAGGAGUUCAGCAUGUCCUACGAACGGAUCCUCUCAGACGAGCAGCUGCUGUCGGCCGAGCGCCUGCACUCCCAGGACCCGCUGCUGUCCCCGGAGCGCUCGGGGUACCCCGAGCAGUCCAUGUCCCGGGCACUGUCCCACACGGAUGUCUUUGUGUCCACACCCGUCUUGGAUCGCUACAGGAUGUCAAAAAUGCACUCCCAUCCCAGUGCCUCAAAUAACUUGUACAACACUCUGGGGAUGACCCCCACCUCGGCCAAGCGCCAGGCCUUCGCCUCGCGCCGCCACAACACCGUGGAGCAACUGCAUUACAUCCCCGGCCACCACCACCACUAUCGCACGGCCAGCAAGACUGAGGUGACUGUGUGAUAGGACCUCGGGCCUUGUACAUACUCUGUAAGGACUGGGGGUGGCCACAGCACCCCACACUGCAGUGGCCUUAUAGGCCAAGGUAACCUCUACUAACUCAGUGUCUGCAAAGACUUCUCUGACAGUCCCAUCCACGUUGUUUUUAAAGCCACCCCUCCAUCGGUGACAUGAGAAGAACCCAAGCAAGCCAACAGACAAUAGUGAGGGAUAAUAGAGGAAAUUUUCCUGAUGUGCAUCAGUUUCUGUCAAAGAAAGCCAUAGUAAUCGAUGGCUCCUUCCAAGGGCUCACCUGCAUCAUCUCAUUGUUCCCAUGAAUUUAGGACUUUUCCGUUGCUCCAGGUAGAAGCAGUCCCAUGCAGCCCAAGGUAGAGAGGAGGAAACACAGCACCCCAUCCUGUCAGGAAGGGGCUUGUCCUCAUGUUUGGUCUUUCUGUAGCAAGGAGGGAAGUUCUGGCUGCUGGGGGGUCACCCCCAGGCUGCUCGACACCAGUCAGCACCCACACAUCUGUUCCUUGUCACCCUUGGAGCAAGUUCAAGGGCAGACUUUCCUUGGGGACUGGCAGAUCUAGGGACAAGAAUAGCCUGGCUGAGAAAUAAACUUUUAGUAUAUACUAAAUAUACUCAUAAGAUACAAACAUACUAGUGCCUACAAAUCGCCUGCUCUCUCAGUGUAGGAAGUAGUGGGGUUGAUGUGUUCAAUAAGCACAAAUACGCUGAAAUGCUUGUUUCCCUUUCCUCCACUCAUCAUUCUAAUAUCUUGGUGUCUCCAACAUGUAAAUAGGAAGGAGGAAUAGGGUUUCUCUUCCUCCAGCUUCUUGCCACUGCUGAACCUAAAGCACCAGAAUUCGUUCAGCUUCGCCCUGCUGAGCCGUGCUGGGGAGGUCCCAACUGCACCAAGAGCCCUGCAAGGCCAGGCUUCCAUCCCUGCCCCUGAGCCUGGAUCUCUCCUCAGAAUCUUUUCCUGACAGCAUUUUCCACUGGCCCAGGUCCCCUGUUUCUGAACACAUUUUCUCCUCUCAGUUACAACCCAGAACUCCUUAUGUAGCAAAUCUUUCCCCAGCCCUCAGCAGAAGCACAAGACUGGGGGUGUCUCUGCCCAAAAGCAGGUCGGUAACUUUCCAUGAUGUUCUCUCCAUGUGAUGGCCUCCCAAGAAAACCUUCCAAAUUCCAAUUCCACUGAGUACCAAUCCUAACCAUGAAGACAGUUACAUUUCAUGCAUAUAAAUUAUAUAUCCAGCAUAAUUAUAAUUAAUGGGCAUGUUGUAUAUCUGAUAUAAUGCUAAUUAGAUACUGUAUAUUUGUAAAAUCUUUAAAACAGAGACUCGUGGGUCCAGAAUUUGUGAGGGUUUUAUCCUUGGCUUUCCAGCCAGAUUGGGCUUUGCUUUGGUUUUUUUUUGUUUUGUUUUUGUUUUGUUUUUGCGUUGUUGUUGUUGUUGUUGGAUUUGGGUUUGGUUUUGCUUUAUUAUUUUUUUCUCUUUUAUUUGUGUUCCUAUCAAAUUCUGUAGAACUAACUCACAUCAGAACACACUUCUGUGACCGGGAAAGGGUCUCAGAGGUUUGGAAGGCCAGCCAGACCCAGUGCUGUAACUCCUGGUGCUGGACCCUGUCCAUGGUGUGCCCUGGGGGUCCCACCACAUGCUGUCCACGCUGCCCGUCCCACCGGCAGCCACGCUCCCUCCUCUGGGUGGCACGACUAAUUCAGGCUGUAAGAACAUUCCUGGACACUUCUCCUCAUGUCCUACAUUUCCAAUUAAAUCUUUUCCUACAUUAAACCUCACUGAACUCAGCUCUGCCCUGGUCCCUCCCCUCAAAUACCUCCCACCUCCCGGCCUUAAUGAUGCUCCCAGCUCCACAUGCCAAGUCCUGUAGCAAACAAUGAUUGGGAGCUUGAGUCUCCUCUGGAGGUUUAUGAGUCUCCUGUGGAGGUUUCUGAUGCAGCACCAGGUUUGUCAGGGUAGGCAGGAGGAGCACGUCCUUAUCCCAGUGGGAUUUAGAGGCAGGCCUUGGUGGGGUGGCCACAUGGGUCUGUUGGUAUGAGUUCCAGAGCUUUAUUCUGCCCCAUCAGAUGGAGACUGUGCUGAGAAGGAUCCAUCAGUGAGAGGUGCUGGGGCUUUGUUUGACGGAAACUGAGCUGGAAAGGAAUAAAUAACAGUCUCCAUGGUUCAGAUUUGGCAAAAUCAUUCUGAGCAACAACCAGAACUGUCUGUGGAUCAGAGUGGCAGUUCAUGGCAUGGGAGGGAUGAGAGAGAAAAGGCUCACACCUCCUCUCCUGCCCUUCCCCUGAGGGAACCACUCUCCCCUGACUACCUCCAAGCUCCUCAGCUCAGUCACUGGAUAUUUCCUCCCAGAAGACAAUCCCUGGGACAAUAUUGCCCUGUGCUGACCUUCCCACAGACCAGUUUGUGACUCUUGUGAGGAUAAGAGACACUAAGAGGGCUGAUGGGGAGUCAGUCCCUGAUGAGGUUCUGGGGCUCUUCCAUUCACUCUUGGCCCAAGAAAGGCCAGGAUUUCCCCUCUCCAGGCAGGGAGACAUGAACACUGUGGGAGAGGAGAGGCCACCCCAGAGUCUGCGGGAGCUGUGGUGGCAGAGCCAGAGGAGCAGAGGUGGCAGUGUGAGGCCAUGGGUAGGUGAACACUCCUCUCUUUCCAUUCCCAUAGCUGUCUGUCUCAAGCUCUAGUCCUUGUCUAAAUGUUCCAUUUAUGAGCUAAGAAGUUGCUGGACCAGAUGCAGAUUUGGGAAUUUUUCCCUCAAGCAACCCAUGCAGAUGCUGAGCUGUGCCCGUGUCAUUUGACCUCGGGGUCUUCUCUUAUUCUGCCUGGCAGAUAUCACCAAGCCCU